AUGCGUCCGGGGGAUAUUUUUAGUUUCAGAGUCAGUCACAUCACAACUCAAUUUUUGCUUGCCACCUUCCUGCUGGCUUCGGUGUCUUUUACCUUAAUGACCGAACAAAUGAACAUGCAGCCACAACGAGACGUCUUCUAUGAUCCGGCAGAAUUGCAGAAACAGCCAGUUGUUAUUGUUGUGGGUGGUGGUCUUGCCGGGUUGUCUGCUGCCAUCGAGGCCACCGCCUGCGGAGCCCAAGUCAUCCUGCUGGAGAAGGAACCGAGGGUUGGUGGCAACAGCGCCAAGGCAACGUCCGGCAUCAAUGGCUGGGGCACACGCGCACAGGCAGAGCAGGAUGUCUAUGACAGCGGGAAGUACUUUGAGCGCGACACGCACAAAUCGGGUCUCGGUGGCAGCACCGACCCCGGUCUGGUGCGCACACUCUCCGUAAAGAGCGGGGAUGCCAUUUCUUGGCUUUCGUCGCUUGGCGUUCCCCUGACAGUGCUUUCGCAGCUUGGUGGGCACAGCCGCAAGCGCACGCACCGUGCCCCCGAUAAGGCCGACGGCACUCCUGUGCCCAUUGGCUUCACCAUCAUGCAAACGCUUGAGCAGCACAUCCGCACGAAGCUGACGGAUCGCGUGACGAUCAUGGAAAACACUACUGUCACUUCGCUGCUGAGCAAAUCCCGGGUGCGCCAUGAUGGUGCCAAACAGGUGAGGGUGUACGGCGUGGAAGUACUGCAGGACGAGGGGGUGGCAUCAAGGAUACUGGCGGAUGCCGUCAUUCUCGCCACCGGCGGCUUUUCAAAUGACAAGACGCCCAACUCGCUUCUCCAGGAGUUUGCGCCGCAGUUGUCCGGCUUCCCUACAACCAAUGGACCGUGGGCCACGGGUGACGGCGUCAAGCUUGCACGCGAGCUGGGGGUGAAGCUUGUCGACAUGGACAAGGUACAACUUCACCCGACAGGCCUCAUCGACCCGAAAGACCCCGCAAACCCGACCAAGUACCUUGGCCCGGAGGCGCUGCGUGGGUCGGGCGGCGUCCUGCUAAACAAGAAGGGUGAGCGGUUUGUCAAUGAGCUUGACCUCCGUUCCGUGGUCUCCAACGCCAUCAUUGAGCAGGGAGACGAAUACCCCGAUUCAGGCGGUAGCAAGUUUGCCUUCUGUGUGCUCAAUGACGCAGCGGUGAGGCUCUUCGGCGUGAAUUCCCACGGCUUUUAUUGGAAGCGCCGUGGUCUUUUUGUAAAGGCUGACACAGUGGAAGAGCUUGCGGCACUCAUUGGAUGCCCUGUGGAGAAUGUGCGGAAUACGCUGGGGGACUACGAGCAGCUCUCAAAAGAAAACCGUCAAUGCCCCAAGACUCGCAAGGUUGUCUACCCGUGUGUGGUGGGACCGCAGGGUCCCUUUUAUGUUGCCUUUGUGACGCCGUCGAUCCACUACACAAUGGGCGGCUGCCUCAUUUCGCCCUCGGCAGAGAUGCAGUUGGAAGAAAACACGACCUCCCCCUUUGGCCACCGCCGUCCCAUUUUUGGCUUGUUUGGUGCGGGCGAGGUGACGGGCGGGGUGCAUGGCGGAAACCGGCUUGGUGGCAAUUCGCUGCUGGAAUGCGUCGUCUUUGGCCGCAUUGCUGGGGAUCGUGCCGCGACUAUCCUGCAGAAUAAUGACACUUACCUCUGGGGCGAGAAGUGGUCUCAGCUGAAGCUGCGGAAUGUCGUGGAAGAAGAGAAUGGAUUUAUGUGGUUGCACUUCACUUUCCCAAGCAGUUUUCAAGUUUCUGGAUUGGAAGUCUUACAGGGGGUGGUGUUGCGUUCUGUCUCCGGUGAUAAAAGUGUGGAAGUUUAUACUCCAUAUACUUUACCUGACGAUGAGGGUGUUGUGGGCAUUGCGUUGAGUCCAUUGCUCACUGGGAAUGGGGUGCAUUGGUUGCGUACACUGCAGCCGGGGGAUACGGUGGAAAUGAAAGCUGCUGAACGGGUGGAUCGCGGUUAUAUGAAUAUGCUGAAUGCUCCACAUAAAGUUGUCAUCGCCACCUCUCGCGGGAUUGCUCCCAUGAUGCAAAUCCUUCGGGCCGCCAUGGAAGGGCCGGAGAAGGAUACAACCAUUCAUUUAAUUUACAUUGCGGAUCGAGCAUCUUCCAUUCCUCAUCGUGAAAAGCUGAAGGCGUUGGCGGAGGCAUCCCCUGAACGAUUCCGGUGUACAUUUGUUCUGCAGCACCCACAGCCCGGGUGGUCGGGUGCUGUGAACUAUGUGGACGAGGUUGCUGCAUCCGUGUUUCCCGACCCCGCACUCGUCAUCUUUCUCUGUGGUGCCAGCGAAGAGACAAGGUCUAUAAAGAGCUCUCUUCUUGACAUGGGGCACGAUGUCGCCACCAUCGCGACUGUAGAAUAG